ACCCAGCCUAAAACGGGCGCCCCUCGGCAAUCUCUAGGCGGGCGGGGCGGGGCACGUGAGGAGGCCCCGCCCCUCUGUGAGAUUUCCCUAGCAACAGCGCGGUCGCUCCGCCCCAUUCCAGCGGUUAUAAAUACUGAGCGGUCGCGCCCUCGAAUCAGGCCUCGUUUGUUCCCGCAGCGUUUAGCGAAUCUGGUUGCGGCCCAGCCGCUGGAUCGCCCUCAGCAUGGAGGGCAAGAUGUGGGAGAAGCCGAUUUACUUAGCGAUGGGGCUUGGAGGGAUGCCCAAGGGGCACCCCGGGCACGUGGAACACAACCUUUGCAGGCCAAGCAUCCCUGGAAGACUUCUCCAACAUCCUCAGCCUUUCUCAGGGACAGGAUGCAUCGUUAGGAGGAACAAUGUGAUCAUGGAGACACAGGAUGAGAAGGAUGAUGACAGAGUGAGUGUGGCAGAAAUGUCUCUCCUGAAUAAACUGAUCCGGACGUCUCUUGUGGAAUCGAGUCAUCACGUGGAGAUUCUACAACGGGAUCCCAAAUCGCCACUGUUUUCUGUAACCACCUUUGAAAAGCUGCAUUUAAAGCCAGAAUUAUUGCAAGGUGUUUAUGGCAUGGGAUUUAACAGGCCAUCCAAGAUACAGGAAUCCGCACUGCCAAUUAUGCUUGCUGAUCCACCCCAAAAUCUUAUAGCACAAAGUCAGUCAGGGACAGGCAAAACAGCUGCAUUUGUUCUGGCUAUGCUGAGCAGAACAGACCCAAAGAAGGAAUUUCCACAGUGCCUCUGCCUCUCUCCCACCUUUGAACUGGCUGUUCAAACUGGACAUGUUGUUGAGAAAAUGGGAAGAUUCUGUGUCAACAUCAACGUUAAUUAUGCUAUUCGAGGCAACAGAGUUCCCAGGGGGACUUCAAUAAGAGAACAAAUAAUAAUUGGAACACCAGGGACCCUGCUAGAUUGGUGUUUUAAGCUAAAGCUUUUUAAUCUGAAGAAGAUCAGAGUGUAUGUGCUGGAUGAAGCAGAUGUCAUGAUCGAUAAACAGAAUUUCUUGGAUCAGAGUGUUCGUAUCCAGAGAGCUUUGUCUUCAGAUUGCCAGCUGCUUCUCUUCUCAGCAACCUUUGAGCCGCCUGUACUAAAGUUUGCCCAGCGCAUCAUCCCUGAGCCUAACAUCAUUAAGCUCCGACGAGAAGAGCUGACCCUCAGCAAUAUCCGGCAGUAUUAUUUUGAGUGUGAGAAGAAGGAAGAGAAAUUCAGAGCCCUGUGCAACAUCUACGGCAGCAUCACCAUCGGCCAGGCCAUCAUUUUCUGCCAGACUCGUUACAAUGCUAAAUGGCUGUACCACGCCCUAAGAAACGAUGGGCACCAAGUGUCCCUGCUGAUCGGGGAACUGACGGUUGAUCAGCGGGCAGAGGUGAUCCAGCAGUUCCGCGAUGGGAAAUUCAAAGUUCUCAUCACAACCAACAUCUGCGCCAGAGGCAUUGAUGUGAUGCAGGUCACCAUCGUGGUCAACUUCACCUUGCCUACGACAGUGUUCCGGGGGCCUGACUUUGAGGCCUACCUCCACCGUAUCGGUCGAACAGGCCGGUUUGGAAAGAAGGGUCUGGCGUUCAAUAUGGUGGAAAGGAAAAACUUACCUCUUCUGUUUGAAAUCCAGAAUCACUUCAAGAUCUUGAUCCAACGCCUUGAUCCAGAGGAUAUGGAAGCGCUAGAAAAAAUAGAAGACUGAAGCCGUAUAAUUUUGUACAAGAGACUUUUGCCCACAUCUAUUUUGCUUUGUCAGAUUAAAGGAAAAUUGUCUUGUU